AGAGAUAUUUCUAGAACAAACACUGUCAUAUUUGUGCGGGAAAAUGUGUUUGCUGCCGUUUUAUAUUUUACUUCGACGUUUAUAUUUUAUAUCGACGUAAUGGUUCUAAUUUUAACAUAUCCAUGUUUAACAAGAUUAGAAUUGUUUGUUGUCAUCAUAUUUUAACGACGUGAUGUGUGGUGUCUGUCUUCACCUUGGCGGCGUAAACGCAUAUCUUCUGUACAGGGUUGAGUUUUGGGAGGCGUGUGCUGUCGCGGUGGGAGAGCGCAGAGGAAGGGAGGGCAAUCUGUCCGGACACUAAUAAGACCCAAUGGCUGGUGCAAGGUGGCCAGGAGCACUGGGAAAGCCCAGGAGCCGCUGGACAAAAGACAGGAGGAGGAGGAAGAAGGGAAAGGGGAAAAAAAAUGAGCGACGAAGACCAGUCUGGAUAAGGACUGAGGAUGACGGAGUCCCCGUGAGCUACUGGGGACACUUUCAGAGAGCUUUGGGCGUGUGGCAUUUUUGUGUCCAUUCAAAGGAAAGUGCGCUGAGACAGAGACGCGGUAAGUGCGACGAAACUCACCGUAACACCUGCGUCUGCACUUAACCCCGCGGCUGAAGGAGUGAAGAUGACUUUCAGUUCAUCAAACCAUUCAGUAGAUGUUGAUGGUUGGAACAAUUUUGGACAAAAGCUUUACACAGAUAUACAUAUUUAGAUUUCAACCAAUAUUUAAUUCAAUUUCAUUAUCUCCUGGACUCUUGCAGGUCCGAUAUGAGAACGGAGUCUGAACGUAUGCCUUUAUAUUUUUGCCUCUGAUUUUUUUUUUAAUUUAACAGAAGUACCUGCAAUCUAAGUAUUUUUGUCAAGAUUUUUUUAAUUGACACUCCAUGAUAUGGAAUGGAUGGAGAUUUUAUCCUCAUUCACAUGCUGUCACUGUCACACACCUGGAACGCUUCCAUUACUGUAUGAACUGUGAACCACUGACUCCAGGGAGCUCCAAUCCUCCCCAAUGAAGCAGUCCUGGUGGGCCUGCCUGGCACCGCCAGGGUUCCUUGCUGCCUGGGCCUGUGUAUGUCUUGUGCAGGGAUGUGGACCGGGACCCGGGUACGGUGUCCGCUCGAGGCCCAGGGUGCUCACACCCAUGCACUACAAGCAGUUUUUCCCCAACUUCUCAGAAAACAACCUGGGAGCCAGCGGGAAAGCAGAGGGAAAGAUCGCACGCAACUCUGAACGUUUCAAUGAACUGGUGUGCAACUACAACCCGGACAUUGUCUUCAAGGACGAGGAGAACACUAAUGCGGACCGCUUCAUGACCAAGCGAUGUAAGGACUGUUUGAACCGGUUGGCCAUUGCAGUGAUGAAUCAAUGGCCAGGAGUCCGUCUCCGUGUGACGGAGGCCUGGGAUGAAGAUGGUCACCAUCCUCCUGGAUCCCUGCACUACGAAGGUCGCGCUGUAGAUAUAACCACCGACGACAGAGAAACGAAGAAGUACGGACUCCUCGCUCAGCUGGCUGUGCAGGCUGGCUUUGACUGGGUCCACUAUGAGUCCAAAUACCACAUCCACUGUUCAGUGAAGGCUGAUCACUCCGUUGCGGUGGAGAAAGGUGGCUGUUUUCCAGGCUGGGCCUCGGUGACUGUAGCUGGAGGUGGGCAGAAGAGGUUGUCCUCACUGGCUCCUGGAGACAGAGUCAUGGCCCUAUCAGGAACAGGCCAAGUCGUGUUCAGCCCAGUUAUCCUGUUUCUGCACCAGGACCAAAAAAGAUGGUCGACUUUUCUGUCUCUGGAGACUGAAGAUGGCCAUCGACUGGUUCUCACUUCAUAUCACUUAGUCUUUUUAUCCAGCCAUUGCAGACCUGACAGAAGUCAGUACCAGGCUCAGUUCGCUAAUAGAGCUAAACUAGGUAACUGUGUUCUCAUCCACACAGCAGGGGGCAGUGUACAUCCGUCUAAGAUCAUCUCUAUUGCAGUGGAAGAGAGCGUGGGCGUUUAUGCUCCUUUGACAGAAGCUGGUACAAUGUUUGUUGAUGGAGUGCUGGCAUCCAGCUAUGCACUGGUAGAGCACCACCAUCUGGCACACUGGGUGUUUGGACCUGUCCGACUUUUCUACUCAUUAAACCAGCUAGUAUGGAGAGAAACAACAGACAACCAGCCAAGGACUGAGAGUGAAACAACAGCCAUCAAGACGCCCGACCGUUGUAGCUCCAUAGCCAUGGACAAAAACAAGAACAGAGCAGGUGUCUAUGUAAAUAAUAGUGUCGUCCACAAACACAACAAUGUAAGUGAACCUGCGAGAACGGACAAGACCGUAACACAGACAGUAAAUGUGCACUGGUAUGCUAGGUUAUUGUACAGUCUGGGCUGUAUAUUUUUAGACUCUGACACAUUUCAACCUUAAGCAGCAGCAAAAGUAUAUGGUAUAGCAAAUUUGAAAUAUUUACAAAAACUGUGUCUGUUUUUUUUUCCAUAAACGUGUCAAAAUCCUUUGAAUGGUUUGUUUGUUUGACAUUAUUGUUUGUAUCAGUGGGCCUUAACUGAUUUAGCUCUGUGACCUGAGCUUCACCUGCUCCCAUGGACACACUGGAAGGGCCAAUGAACUUUUUGCUGCUUCUCAUGAAUGUCCAUUGUUCACACUGGAAGCAUCUCAAGUGCAAAUGCAACAAGGUAUUUAUUAUUUUUAUCCAUAAAAACAGCCAUAGGACAUAUCACAUAUCACAGAGUGCUGUAAUCCUGUGUGUAGUGUUACAGAGAAACAGAACACUGCUCUCUGUGUAAUAAACUCCAAAAGUAUGAGCUGUGCUGCAUCUCUUAAGUCAAAUAUUUUACAGGAACCAACCUCUUCUGUAAAAUGGGGCGAAACACAAAAAAAUUCAUGUCUGUGAAAAAAUAUGAAUUAAAUGAUUUGAACUCUAUUAAGACAUUUGUGUUCAAGGUAGAACUAACAGCAAUUUAGAAAAUAAUAAU